AUGUAAUAAUAUCUUACUUAAUAGUUACAUAAUUAGGCAAUUAACAAAAAAGUUAAGACUAAUCCUAAAUAUUCUGAAGUGAAGAGUGUUAUCAACCAUGGCAAGACAGUGAGAGACGUUCAAAUUAUUAGCGAUAAUUUGGUAGCUAAAAGAAAAGGAGAAAGCUUUGGAAGAAUUAAGCCUAGUACAAUAGCUAAAUUCUUAAACGAAACAAACAACGAAGAGUCUGUGUUUGGAUUGAUGGGUCAAGCUAAUGAUUAUGAAAAUAAAGAAAAUAACUUUGAUAUCAUGAGUUAAACUGGCUCCGUUACUAGUGUCGCAGAGACUGUGAAAUCAGCUGUCACUGCUUCAACUGAAAUUCUUGGUCUAACUUCGGAGACAAAGUUCAUCUUGCUUGAUUUGAGAGAUGAGGAAGAUUACAAGAAGUUCCAUAUUAGGGAAUCAAUCAGCUUCCCAGCCCCUAACAUUUCUAGAGAUAAGGUAUUCGGACAGCUUUUGAGAUUCAAAAACCAGACUGACAAGAUAAUAGCAGUCUAUAUGAAUGAUGAAAGAAAUGGUACUCAUUAUGCAAAGCUUCUUCACGAGAAAGGAUUUGAUAAUAUCUAUUUGGUUACUGGUGGUAUCGAAGGAUUCAUGGAGAGCCAUUAUGAGUUGGUUGAAGGUAAUGAAAUGCCAGAAAAACCCAAGCCAAAGCAAGAAUCAAAAGCAUCGAAGAAAACUACUGGUGCCCCAUCACAAAGAUCUAUGAUGAGUUCUACUUCUAUGUCAAAAAUGAGUACUUUCUCUAAGAAAUGA